AUGUUCAAAGAAUUCGUGAUUCUAUUUUCCUUAUUUCUGCUCACUGAUGCGUUAGGGGGCAUCGUCGGAAGUAAACAGACGGUCACUGUUGUUGGUAAAUUGGUGUGUAAUGGACAACCGGCCAAAGAUGUCAGAAUCAAGUUGUUCGAGGAUGGAACUAUUUACGAUACCAAACUGGAUUCGGUAAAGACUAUUGCUGAUGGAACAUUUAAGGUACAAGGAUCCCAGAACAAAAUCCGCAAAAUCGACCCCAAAAUCAAUAUCUACCAUAGAUGCAAUCACUCUGGACUAUGCCCAAAGAAAGUGACCAUCCAUGUACCAAAUAAUGCCGUCGGGAAAGGAUCAAAGGAAGCUCAACUUUUUGAUAUUGGAACUUUGAACUUGGCCAACAGAUACCCAGGAGAGGGAACUGAUUGCAUUCAUUAA